ACCUGUUGCUAUGGCCACGUAGCAGGGGCUGGGCUGCCUGUGUGGCUGGAAUCCUCUGCAUCAGCUGCUGCUCGACUUGUAGAAUUUAACUGAACUUGGAGAAUGAAGUCCAACCUAAUGCUUUGGGUUCCCCCAGUGAGCAGAGAAAGAAUAAUCUCCCAGUUUCCCAAGUGGUACACACCUGAGGCCUGUCUGCAGCUCAAAGAGCACUUCCAUGCCCAGGUCAGGACUGCUUGUCAGCAGAGCACUGCAACAGCUGGGCUGAAAAUAUCCAAAGUGGUUGUGGUAGGAGACCUGCAUGUUGGGAAAACCAGUCUUAUCAACAGAUUUUGUAAAGAUCAUUUUGACCGAGACUACAAGGCAACCAUUGGAGUAGAUUUUGAGAUCGAACGUUUUGAGAUAAUUGGAGUGCCAUAUAACCUCCAGAUAUGGGACACAGCAGGUCAGGAGAAGUUCAAGUGCAUUGCAUCUGCUUACUACCGAGGAGCAGAGGCUAUAAUAACAGUGUUUGAUCUGGCUGAUAUCCAAACUUUGGAUCACACCAAACAGUGGUUAGAAGAUGCAUUGAGGGAGAAUGAGCCAGAUUCCAGCUUCAUCUUUCUGGUUGGAACAAAAAAAGAUUUGGUGUCAGGUGCUGUGUGUGACAGGACAGAGCUCGAUGCCAUCCGCUUUGCCAAGGAGAUGCAGGCAGAGUACUGGUCGGUUUCAGCCAAAACAGGAGAAAAUGUCAAAGAAUUCUUUUCCCGAGUUGCUGCCUUGGCCUUUGAACAGUCCAUGAUAAAGGAGCUGGAGAGCACUCCUGGACACAGGGCCCAAAUUGGGGCAGGAAAUCUCAUCAAGCUAGAGAAGAAUGUUAUGGAAGUUCCAGAGGACAAUGCUCGAGUCAGCCUGAGUUGCUGCUAAGUGUCAACUGUUUCUGCAAGUGCCACACUUCUCUGCAACAAUGCUCUCAAACCAGAAAUAGUGAGCUUUAAUUUUAGAAAUGAGGGAGGAAAAACUUAGCCAAACUUUCUUGCUGAGAGUUCCCUUGCUGCUGCAGGCUCCCUGUGCAGGGUGGUACAAUUGUUAUGUAAACCUUUCUCUGUGUAGCUGAAAUAGAACAUCCUUGUCUUAAUGCAAGAAGACAUUGCCAGUGCCGUGGGCUCACCUGUCUGCCAAAAAGGCUUGUAGUCAAAAAUGAUGUCAUUUUAGUGUGUUAUUUUUGAUAAUUCUCUAGAAAUCUUAGCUAGUGAGGUGACAUUCUCUUGUGGGAGCAGGAAACAAGUGGCAGGUCAGAAUGAAGGGUGGUAUCAAUACAGUUUUGCCUUUUAAAAC